UACUCGAAGCCACCAUCAGACUAACAACAACUCAUUUAGAAAAUAAAGAAACUAAUUUUUUUCUACUGGCUUUGCGGAUUUGUGUAAGAUUUUCGGAUUCGGAUUUUGCGAAAUCGUGGUUCGAAUAGAUCUUUGUUUUUGUUUUCCCAAACGAGUAUAUGAAAAACGAUAUGUCUUCGAGAAAAAUCCGCUAAGGUUCUUUUCAAUCUUUCAGUCAAUGUGCUCAUUUGUCGUCAUUUUGUCAUCGGUGCUUGUGCGGCUUUUAACUGAAAAGUAAAAAAAGAAUUAAUUGUUUAGCAUGCCAAAGAUAAUAUUGUGAAGAAGUUCGUUAAGAUCGUCAAAUAUCACAGCAUGGUGCCAGCAGUGUCACAGCUACUUAAAUUUUAAACUAAAGUAUUUUUCAACAUUCAAAAGGUGCUCACGGUUCAUUCUUUACUCGAAAGUGUGUCAAUCCUACUUCAUACAGAUACAAUAGCUCGAUAAGUAUCUUUGAAGCAAAAGUUGGAGAAAAGAGGUGCGCGGUUAUUGCAAUUCAGUACUUGAUCUUCGGCGACCAAGUAGUGUGUGAUCUUUCUGCAACUCGCUCUCAACUAGCUAAAGUGCAUAUCGCCUGCAGCAAAGUCUUAGUUUCAGUUUCCGCGCUAAAUUCAUAUACACUGGGAUUUCGUGCCGCGCUACCCACCGCCUUCAACAUCAUUCCAUGAAAAUGGAAAGUGAUUGCUAAAUUGUGGUGCAGUGCACUGUUGUAACGUUUUAUUUGUGGAGUUAUUAGUUCAUUUAACCGCAAAUUGCAAAAAGGUGCAGAAAAGUGCAGAAAAAUUGUAACAUUCAUUACUGAUCGUGACUCUUGGAUGCUGUCAGAGAGAACAUUCCACAAGUUGUAAGUCACCUUCAUUUUCUUUAUUCGAUGGAGGCCAACGAGCAUGUUAAUGCUAUUCACCGUCAAUCAGAAUCUCCGGCGUGUACCAUUGAUUCGCAUGACUCGACGGUGGGCAGUAUGGAGACAAUUGUGGAUCGCAAUGAGGAAUUGAUGCAAAUAACAAUGGAUACCAGUACGAAUACCACAAAUCUGGACAGGCAUAGUUUGACAAACUCCCAGAUAUCAAUGAUAACCAAGGACGAAAAGUCGACUGCUAUUUCACAAGAUGCCCAAAGUCAUAUUUAUUCGAGUCCAGUUUACAUGACUACCACAGAGAAGCCUAGCAAUGGCACUGGAGGACUUCCCCAAAUUGAGCUACCAAAAUUAAUAAGUCACGCUGAAUUUGAAAAACAACAGUUAAGUCGACCAAAAUCGGUUGAUUUGACAACAAAAAGUGAAACAGCAACGUUGGAAUCAAGAAUAAGCAAAAAACAAAGAUUUCCACCCGAGUUAAUAAAGAUCAAAGGGGACUCGACUAAAGACUUCAAGGUGGGUCCACAUCGUCAUCGACGAAGGAAUUCGUUUCCCAACCAAGUUAGUCUGGGAGUGGUGCAAUUGUUACUGAGUGUAGCACUUGUCGCCUUGGGUGCUUUGUUGGUUGUGCGUGGGGCGUCAUUGGCAACGUUAGGUUGUGGCGUAUGGACUGGUGGGAUAGCUGCUAUUACAGGUGCUUUAGGUGUGAUAAAUAUGCGAAAGGUGCAAACUGGAUUUUUGGCGCUGAGUUUGGUGUGUAUAGCAACGAGUACGCUGGCGUUGGCUAUAACAGGCGUUGGACUGACAAGGGAUAUUAGUAAAAUGGAAGAAAAGAUUAAUCAAACAAAAUUGAAUAAUGAAAAGAUUGCCGCCGCAUAUUGGUUGGUGCUUACGUUGGGCCUACAUUUUAUUGUGAGCGUGAUUUCUGUUUAUAAAUCAGCCUCAAGACUUUGUUCAAGAACCUCCUAUGAUGACUCUAUGUACGACAACGUUAAAAGUUCCGGCUUGCCUGUCGACAAUGAAACAAUAGAGGAGUAUAUCAAAGCAAUGUCCUUGUCGCCUGGAACAAAUAAUUUAAUCAAAAAGGAACAACUGGCUCCGCAACUCAUGUAUCCAACAAUGAAGCCAUCGGGUUCAUCCAAGGCUGCAACCCUGCCAUCGCGCUCAGUUAUCUUAAUUCCAGCAUCCCUGAGAAAUGCACUUCUGCCGCCCACACAACAGUCGAUGACACAGUUGAUGCGACCUCCACUUGGUUUGCCACCACCCUAUCCCAUGUUGUUGCCUCCAGGUGCGACACUACCUCCACCGCCGUUGCCACCAUUGGGCUACCGUUGUGGUAUGACACUGCCAUAUAAACGUCCAGGACGCUUCUAUGCAUCACAUCGUUCUCAAAUACCGUCGUCUGCUCGCCAACAACGCUACCAUCCGCACCCGCAUCCUCAUCUACAUCCUCAUCCGCAUCUGCUUCAACAUCCCCAGUCCGAGAUAAAUGGUCGUCAUUCCAAGUCAAAUCGCAGGACGUGCAACACCAACAGCGACAUCGACGACGCCAACCGAGGCCGACAUCAACAUCAACAUCAACGUCGUAAAUCAGACACCGAUGCGGACAAACGAAAAGCAUUCACCUACACUGGACUGGACAGGAAAAUAGCUGAUAGUUUCCUUGCUCGGCAGGAGCAAACUAACAGGAGUCAUAUUGAUUAUUCAUCAUCUGCGGAUGCGGAGUCCGGCCGGAAUGAAUGUCACAACGUUGACGACGUAGCUAUGUAGUGCCAUCAGGCACGUCCUCGUGCCUCUGCCUAGAACGUAUUUUAUGAUGUUGUGCUGUAUAGUGAUGAAGCUAUAAAAUAGGUGCUGCGAGAAUAUCCAAUCAAUGCAAAUGCGGUUUCAUAUUAAACGACCGACCGUUCGACCCAAGCGCUGCGCUAGCAUCCGUUUUGCAGGUGCUAUAUUAAAUUAUCCUUUCCGUUUCCGGACAGAGACUACCAAGCUCUUUUAUAUUAUAUAUGUAAAUAUCCAUUUUAUCUCUCUCCACAUGUGUAUUAUUCUUAUCUAAGCUUACGAAUUAUUAAUUAAUAUAUGUAGAUACAUUUUUAUGUCCAUAAUAAAUCUGUUCAUUCAUGUAAUAUUGUAUACAGUA